AUGAUUGGACCGUCUUCGGGUACCGGGGGCGUUCCGGAUCACGAGUUGUCCGACAAUCAAUCGCGUGCCGCAAGAAAACGGAUCUUCGAUGAUCUGGACAUCGAGAGCUUCUGCGAGGAAGUUCAAAACAGUCGGAAACGGUACCAGUUCCAGGAUAUCGAGACUCCUAUGGAGCUGAUUGCUUCCAAUCAAAUGAUCGCCGACAACGCGGCACUAUUUUCUCCGCUGUCGGCCCAGGAAGCUGUAGAGGAGUGCCCUGUCGCGCGGCUGGAGGUUCUCCUCGUGGACGGGACGAACUGUACCUGGACAACCGUCUCCGAGUUGGAGUCUCAGCAGAGCAUCGCUGAGAUCGCAGCGUCGCCAUCGACGUCUACCUCGUCGUCGGAGCAUCGACGCGAGCAAGUGCUCCAGGAUGUCCAGGUCGAGGAGACGAGCUACCAGGUUGACUCGAGUUACUGGGAACCGGUGGUUGCGAUCCCGUCAACGAAUUUCCAACAAAACAAGCCCGGCCCGCCUUCCGGUAGCCAGUAUCAACAGCAACAGUUCGACGACCAGGAAACUGGGAACCUUUCCUGGUUGCUGGACUUCAAGUUGGACCCGUUCAUCGAAGCUGCCGAUGACAGAUCCACCGUGGCUUCGUCCAAGGAUAAUCAAAAUGGGAGCAAGGCGAAAAUAAACGGACGUUCCUAUGGUUCUGCCUACGUCAACGAUGUUAAAAGGAAUUACAACGAGAACGGUUCGUCGCAUCAGGACACGAUCCAGAAUUACCAAAGUCUUGAUAACAGAAACGUUGCACCUUCCCGAUGCAACGGACCGAAGAAGCCACCCUUCACCUAUACAGAACUCAUUGAACACGCUCUCCGAGAAAGGGGAGAACUCACCGUUUCGGCCAUUUACCAGUGGAUCUCUGAACAUUUUCCCUAUUACAAAAGUAACGAUGAUCGUUGGAAAAAUUCCGUGCGACACAAUCUUUCGAUAAACCCGCACUUUCGAAAGGGAUCGAAAGCACCGCACGGAGCUGGACACUUGUGGGCAAUUGCAAACCGAUCCGGGGAUUCUAGACCUCGACAGAUUAUCAAUACUCCUAUGACCAAUUCUUCUAUGAAACAAGUCACAAAAACCACUCUGGAAACUGAAAAUUCUCGAAAAAGUAUCAGUCAAAUCAACCCUAUAGACGAAGUGGAAGCAGCGACCGCUAGUAUUACGCAACCAUCGUCGGAAGAGGAGACCGAGAACAUUGUGAAUUCUGUAACUUUGGAACACUGCGCCGAACAAAUUCUUAGCGGUAUUAAGAAAGAAGUAGAGGUACAGUAUCUGGUUCCUAUGAUGAUGUCUAACAAUGAACAUAAUUCGAGCCAGUCUAGUCAACAGACGCAGGAGCUUCAUUAUCCUGUGAAAGAAAGCGAUUUUCUCAAUCCAGUGUCCAAAGAGGUAGUAGCAGAGGAAUGUGGACUCAUAAGCGAAGGUUAUCUAGUCACGGACAUAAAUCCGACAACGUUAGGUCUUAAUAUGGUCGAGCCAGAAAUUAUCACGCCGGAAAACCUAUUCGGCGAGGAAUUAAAUUUUCAGUUCUACGAAUUGUCGUCCCCGUCGCAAAUUCAGUCCGCCUGACAUAUGGAGAGAAACAAAUUACGUUUGAUUGUCAUCGAUC